GAAAAUUUGAAAAUUACUAUAUUUCUCACCAAAAAACCCAAAUUCGGCCUUAUAUUUUUAAACAAAAAUUUAUCUAAAAAUAAUUUAAAACUAACUCCUUUUUUAAGUAAAAACCCUCCUACUUCCUCCUCCUCAUCACCUCCCCAACCCUCUACUUCUUUAUCAUUUUCCUUAAUUAUGGAUGAACAAAAAUGUCAAGAUCCCUCUACAAGUAAUCAUCAACAAAUUAAUAAUUUAGAUUUAAUUAAUUGUUUUAAUAAAAAUACUUCAGAAGAACAACAAAAUAAUGAAAAUAAUAAAGAAUUAUUUGAAAAUCUAGAAUUCUGUUUAUGUUCAAGUUGUGGAUUGCCCAUUCAAGAUAGAUUUAUAUAUAAGGUGCUAGAUUCCCAAUUUUAUCACGAAAAGUGCCUCAAUUGUUCAGUCUGUAGACAGCCCUUCCCUUCAGGAACUUGUUUCAGCAGAAAUUCUCUUUUAUUUUGCCGAGAACAUUUUCUAAAUACUUUCGGCCCAAAAUGUUCUCGUUGUGCAGCCCCAAUUGACGAAAGAAGUAUUGUAAGAAGGGCAAAUCAACAUAUUUAUCAUUUACAAUGUUUUCAAUGUGUUGUUUGCAAACGGGAAAUGGACACUGGUGAUCAAUUUUAUCUUAUUCCAAUGGAUGGUAGAUUAGUUUGUAGACAAGACUUUGAAACUGCCCAAAAAGGUAUUUUAAAUAAAAAUUAA